AUGGAGACGUAUCACGGGCACGUCCGCACUCCUGCGGACGCUAUCAUCCUCUUCGAAGCUUGUCGCAUUGGCCUUCUUCCCCGCGUACAGAGACGUUUAUCCGAGAAGGAGCGUCAAUUAAUUCGUUCCGGGUCAGUCUUUGUCUGGGAUGAACGCGAAGCGGGCAUGCGAAGAUGGACCGAUGGCAAGUCAUGGAGUGCCAGUCGCGUAUCUGGAAGUUUCUUAACAUAUCGCGAGAUGGAAGGCAAACGAGGAGGAACCGGUGUUGCUCAGACGACGAUGUCGAGAGCUGGUAAAACACCAGAAAGCACACGAGGCAGUGACGACGACCGUGGAGAUGGCGCAGACGAAGGGCCGGACGGCUACCGCUACAAGCCUGAUGGCUUGAUGAAACAGUCCUUCAGCAUUACGACAUCUACCGGUCAGCACCUCCAUCUGAUCAGCUACUACUCGAGGUCACAUCCGUCUGCGGCCAACCUUCAACAACCUUCGACAGACCCCAAUUUGCGACACGUGCGUCCUCAAAAGGGGCUUUAUCCGGAGUCUACUGUAAACGAUCAACAGAAUCUUCCCGUCGUGACUCGUGGUCCUAUGGCCGGUGCCGCAUAUGUGCCUCCUCAUCCCAUGGCACCCUAUGGGCGCUCUCCGGCUGCACACCCGGCGCCAUACACUCCUUCAUAUACAUGGCCUCCGACUCCGCUGGCUACUCCGCCCGUUCCGGUCCACUAUCCGUCUUACCUUCCGUCAGUGUCUCAGCCCAAUGGUCAAAUACCAUAUGGCCAUCAGGCUGCCGUGCCACCUGGUACGCCCUUGCCGCCUCCGCAACCCCCGGGAUUGCCGGCACACCACGAGCGGCCGGUGCAUGUAGCUGAAGUUACGAUGGCGCCAUCUCUCCAUCAACCGUCGAGCGUGCAGGUGCUUGCAAGCCGGUCACCACGAGUGCCGCCUGGAGCGCACGAGCUUCUUCACCACCGCCCGAGUCCACCGGAGCUUGGCCCGCCUCGCGAGAUUGCGAGAUCGUCACCCCGCACACAGCCACAUCAUAUGCCGCACAGCAACGGGAUCCCAUCGAUUGCGCGCAGUCCCCAGCUUAUCAGUCAGCCACCGUCCAGUAGCGUACAAAUCCCUCCGCCGAGCACGAUGGCGCCCAAGCCACUGGAAGCCAGCACCGGCACCACCGUGCCCAGCAUCGGUGCGCUGAUGAACGGCGCGCCUUCUGGUGGAUUGCCGUCGAUCGCCGCUCCCCCAGCCCCGGCCGCAGGACGCGCCGAGGGACCCCGAGACAUUCCCAGCGAAAAGAUCGGGUUCGGAGGAGAAGACAUGCGCGCACUGCGGCAAUUGGACCGGGUGUUCACCGCAUAG